AUGGGGGCAGGAGGAGUGCAUGCAAUAUUUUUUUUGACCUACGCCUUCGGGGUUUCUAUACGCUGGCUGCGACAACUCAGUCGUCGUUUGAUCUUCCAGUGGUCUUCCUUUGCGGGGGAAGCCAAAGUUCACUUUCUCGAAGCUGUUGGCUUGGGCAAGAGUGACAUUGUGCCAGACAAGGCCAAGUUGAAGUUGCUUCGGGCGUGGAUGCUGUGGCGUUUGGUCAUUCGAUGGAGGCAACAUGCGGCCAGAAACGAGGGUGAAGUGCAAGUGCGUGUGAACCUACGGAAGCCACUGCCGACGCUGCUUGCAGAGGCGUGGGAGUGGUAUCCUGCGCACAUGUUGAAGAGAAGAGUGGACCUAGCUCGGUCGAAACAGCUGGACUUGAGCGCCGUCGUUAUGGACGGCAACGCUAAGCUGUCAGGCAGGAUAUGCGGCCGUCCCGCGGCGGAAAUCAUCGACAGCCGUUCGCUGGACAUGUUCACCGUGACCUGUUGCAGCGCGGAGCCUCAGUUCAAGAAACGGCGUUGCAUGAAACACGACACCAGCCAUGCUCCAGCAGAUCCGUUGCCCGAACAGUCUGAAGUCAUUACUGCCCAUCGUCGUGUUCGAAGAGCAGGACAAGGGGAACUGUAUGAUGUGUUUUUGAAAGUGAAGGAUGCUCCAAAUUUGGCAGGCCGAUGGGUCAAUGCGUCCCUUGUGACAGCCACGCAACUACACGAGUACUGGCGAAAAUUGGAAGCCUCUGGCUUCGUUCCGGAAAAGUCGGCAGCUGAAGAUCUGGCUGCUAGCAAAUUGGUGGAGGCUGUUGGUGAGAUCAAUGUUCUGAUCCACGAUGACAGUUGUCAUCUCCGGCGUUUCUCGGAGAGGCAUCGACACGCCGUGCGCUGCAUCCGUUCGCGUUACGUGCGGGAUUUCUUCUUGCAGGAGGUAGCAGAUUCCCGCAACACUGUUGCUGGACCAGAGCCGGCAGGCGCGGAUGCUGUCCCCGCGCCAAAACGGCGGAUUCGCGUGGUGGCUUCCAGGAGUGCUGGAGAAGGUCACAGCAGCAUGACCUGCAAGACGGGCGUGAGCUACGAGUCCCGCAGCGCCACGUGCAACGUGGUUGGCGUCGGCAACAUUCAUUCUGGCCCUUUCCUUGGCUUGGUGAAGCUAGGAGGAGAGACUGGCAACCAUGAAGUAGCAGCGAUGGAAAGAAUCCUUUUCCUUUUCGGAAGACCAAUUUCUCCCCAUGCUCCGCUUGCAGAGUCGAUAGAGCUGCCAGCUGACUUCCAGAGGGUGUCGUGGGUGCCACUCUUACCGAACAUGCUGGAGGCUUUGGGCCUCACACGUGAGGCGAGUGGCUCGGGAGAAUCUGCUCGCUGUCACCGACGGCCCGAGUUUGCAGUUGCCAACCGGACCAUUCCUGUUCCAGACAUCGAGUCCAUGGCGCACAGGGUGCUGCAUUAUUUUGCUGAUCCGCGUGCGGUGGUGGAGUUCACUGAGGAGGCCCAGGAACUCUUUGUGGCCUACGCGGUGCUUCGUGACAACGACGACGAUUCGGCGGCGAGGAAGGGAACGGCCACAUGGCACCUCGGUGUGCUGGCAGCUGCCCAGUUAGUCUGGGACAUCGCGACGGAGCAGGCAGACUCCAGACUGGUGGCAGAAUCGAGGCUUCGCAUCCAAGCACAUCACGUGCUUCGCGCGUAUGACGCCCUCAGGUUGACUCAUGACGUAUUGGGCUUGUGCGUGAAUGGCAGCGUGGUGGCGCCCGGUAGCGCAGAGCAGGCACUGUCACAAGCGGCAAGUGCUGCGCAGCAGCUGGAGUCAGCGCUGGAGCAGCAGCGGAUCCCAGAAAGUCAGUUCGUGAAGUUCGAAGUUGCGCAGCAGAGGAUGGCGAGCCAGGCCAUGUCUUCAGCCAAAGCAGUAAUGUUGCGUACGCUUCUUCGGGGCGAACCCGUUAUUUUUGCUCGUCGCGUCGUGGAUGCUUGCUCGAAGAAGACGACUGUUGACAACAAAACAGUUAGGACGUCGUUACAGCUGGCGCACUGGCUCGCGGUCAUCAACGCAGGCAUGGAACAGCACUGCAUCGGUGAGGUGCAGACGCUGGCUGACCGCAAGGGCCCACGGCUGGUGCUACACCUUCCCAAGUCCAAUAAUCGAGAAGCUGUGCGUGUGUGUCACAACCGGCUGAUGGCUUUGUGUGGCUUGAGUUUUGCAGCUUUUUCGAAGCGUUUGGUAGAAGUCGCAUCCAAAGGAGGCGGCUCAGGCGCCCGGGUCGUGGCGGCCACUGCAGAUGAGCAGGUGUCGGAAGAGGGUGUGUUGGCCGUGCGACCAAGAGCUGCUAACUCAACAGCGGCGCCAAAGGCGAGCGUUGUCGUGCGACCAAGAGCUGCUAAGUCAAGAGCGGCGCCGAAGGCGAGCAUUGUUGCGAAGCAAGAGAUAGUCUCACACGAUGUUGGUUUGGCGACAACUUCUAAGGCCAGGGCUGCGCCUACAGCACGCAGGGCUGCCAAGACGGCAGUAAAGAAAGAAGUCGUGGAGGAGGAUGAUGAUGAUUGCAUCAUAAUCGAAGCAUCUGUGCCAGCGUCGUCCGCUAGGGAGAAGACGCAGGACGCAGGGGACAGUCAGGGAAGCAAGCGCCGGAAGCUGAAUGAACAGCUCGGCAAUUGGCAUUGCUAG